AUGAAUCCAAUUCAGACCGUUGUCACAUUCAUUGCUGUCUUCGCCACAGUUAAUGGUGCUGGUUAUGGAAAAGGUGGCGGUAUGGGCGGCGGUAUGGGAGGUGGUAUGAUGGGAGGAGGAAUGGGUGGCGGUAUGGGCGGGGGAAUGAUGGGUGGUGGUAUGGGAGGUGGUAUGAUGGGAGGCGGUAUGGGAGGUGGUAUGAUGGGUGGUGGCAUGGGAGGCGGUAUGGGUAAGAUGAUGGGCGGUGGAAUGAUGGGAGGUAUGGGAGGUGGUAUGAUGGGCGGUAUGGGCGGUGGUAUGAUGGGUGGUAUGGGUAUGGGUAAGAUGAUGGGCGGCGGUGGUAUGGGCGGAGGAAUGGGAGGUGGUAUGAUGGGAGGUAUGAUGGGUGGUAUGGAGGGCGGUAUGGGUGGUAUGGGAGGUGGUAUGGGUAAGAUGAUGAUGCCAAUGCCAAUGCCAAUGCCAAUGCCAAUGCCGAUGCCAAUGCCAAUGCCAAUGCCAAUGCCAAUGCCAAUGCCAAUGCCAAAAUCUAUGCCAAUGCCAAUGCCAAUGCCAAUGCCAAAAAUGGGAGGUGGUAUGAUGGGAGGCAUGAUGGGAGGUAUGGGCGGAGGAAUGAUGGGCGGUAUGGGCGGUAUGGGCGGAGGAAUGAUGGGAGGUAUGGGCGGAGGAAUGGGAGGAGGAAUGGGAGGAGGAAUGGGCGGAGGAAUGGGCGGUAAAAUGGGAGGUGGCAAAAGAUACAGAAGAGCCACCGAUUCUUAUUCAUACGACUAUUGA